CUCGGUUGAACUCAUGCAGUCAAAUGUCGGCCAUUUCCAACCCUUUUGGUAUGCUCAAUGGCUUGAACGGUGGCAGCGCCAUGCAGUAUCCCAUCAGUCGAAGAAAAAGAAGGAUUUUAUUCUCCCAAGCGCAGGUAUACGAGUUAGAAAGGAGAUUUAAACAGCAGAAAUAUCUAUCAGCUCCUGAGCGCGAACAUUUAGCCAGUAUGAUAGGCCUAACUCCAACUCAGGUGAAAAUUUGGUUCCAAAAUCAUCGUUACAAAACCAAACGUGCGCAAAAAGACAAAGAAAAGAUGGACCAGCAGCAAUCCAACCAGCAGAUGUCCCCCAGGCGCGUGGCUGUACCAGUAUUAGUUCGCGACGGAAAACCGUGUUCUGGUUCUUCGAAUUCUGAGAACGGGAACGCCGUCCACGCCACCGGCAACAGCGGCCAGACGACACCGGCGCAACCAGAAGGCGCGCAAACCAACAACCAUAGACCUAAUAGCAGUUCUACAAACUCUGCCAAUUCUUCUGAUGCUUUACAUUCAUUGAACUCAAGUUUGAAUUUCACAGGCGGACACUCGGGGGGCGGCGUAUCGGGAUACAACGGAGCCAGACUCUCAUGGUAA